UUUCACUUCGGAUGCGAUGCGUUUAGCGUUUAGUUCGUUAAUCUGUGGUUUAGUCACUCGACGAACUUCUUGCUUCCGAUCGCGCGAUAUCGAACAGUUUCGCGUAAAAAGACCCGUACAAUUUCCCAAUCGAAGGGAUACGAAGGGCUUCCCGGGAGUGCUUUUUUUCGGGGGUCGGAUUUAAUUUACUGGGGAAUUGCUAUCGAAUUUUUCGAGGUUUGAAAAGCCGUUUCUUGAGGCACGUGGGCGGUUGUGCUUUCUCACUGAAAAAGAGCAGCAAUCAUAGGAGGUGUACACACAUGAACAAAAAAUACUUUCAACCAGUGUAACUUAUGAUGAUGAUAAAUUGCGAAUCGAAUUGCGAAAGUGAAUAAACGCCAUGUUGGACUUAGUGAAAAGAAUCAGUGCAACAGGUGGACCGACUUGUACGGGUCGCGCGAACGUGAGUUUGAGAAAAAAAGAAAAAAAUUUCAAACGCAUCAGCGUAUUGGUGCGACCCCGUAGUUUGCUGUGCAACAGAAACAUCGAAGAUUUGUACAGCAAUAGCGCCCAAAGGCAGAGCAACACAUGGAAGUUCCACAGACCGAAAUCUGUCAGUGAUGUAUCUUCGGCACCCUCCCUAAGUCAGGGCUCACCCGUGAGGUGUGCCCCCACCAGAAACAACAUGGAGAGUCCGAAAAAGUCACCGCAGAGUAGUCCUGCCACCGGUGACAGAUCCACUGUCAAGGUUCACUUUCCGAAUGGCGGCUUCAAUGUUGUCAAAUAUGGGGAUGCCGUAGAGAUAAAGGCCAUCAUUCAGACUGUGACAGACAGGCUGUCAACCGGAGAGAGGUACUACAAUGGACUCUACGCAAUGCGAUUGUCGAGGCUCCAUUCCAGCGAGGUGCACUGGUUACAUCAAGAUACGACGAUGCAGCAAGUCAAUGAAAAAUACCUGAAAAGGCACCCGAACUCAGAAUGGCGUUACGACCUUAGAAUAAGAUACCUACCCACUAGUCUGAAAGAGCUUUACGAAAAAGAUGUAGUUACCUUCCAUUAUUAUUAUGACCAAGUCAAAACGGAUUACCAUACCGAGCUGCACAAGAAGAUCGACCAGGAGGUGGCUUUGCAGCUGUGCUGCCUGGAAAUCCGCAAGUAUUUCAAGGACAUCUCUCAGAAUGUCCUUGACAAGAAGUCGAAUUUUGAGUACCUGGAGCGAGAAAUAGGCAUGCAAAAAUUCAUACCGGCCAGUUUCCUGGAAAAAGUCAAGUCCAAGUCGUUGAGGAAGUGCUUGCAGGCGCACUUCAAGAAGAUCGCCCACAUCUCGGACGUGGACAGCAUGUUCAAGUACCUCGAGCUGUUGAAGUACCACACCAACUUGGACCAGGAGCGGUUCCGCGUCGACUUCGGCAGCAGCUUCACCGUGCCUGUCGAGCUAGUCAUCGGACCCGAUAUCGGUAUCUCGCACACCAUCGUACAGGCCAGUGCCACCAAGAAGAUAGCCGACUUCGAUCAGGUCCAGGCCGUCCAAACUCUAGUCAGCGAUUGCGAGAAGCACGCGAAGGCAACUCUGCAGCUCAAGGUCGCAGGCACUCAGGAGGUCCUCUUCUUCACGUGUCCCAGUCUGGAUGCGGCCGAGAGUCUCGCCGAUCUCAUCGACGGCUAUUGCCGGUUGCAUUCCAAUUCUCAGGCGUCCAUAUGGAACAGAAAAGAGUCCAACUCUGUCAAACAGAGUCGCUCCAGCAAAGAGUGCUAUUCGAAUCCGACUGGCACUAUGUUAUCAGAAGAUUAUGCAGAAAUAGUAGAAGAAGGAGAUUAUUCAGUUCCUUCAGCUAGAAACUAUGAGGUGAUUCGGAGUCAAAUCGAACUGCACGAAAUACUCGGAGAAGGUCAGUUCGGUGACGUUCACAAAGGAACGGUCAAGGUCAAAGAUGGCGUGCAAAUCCCAGUGGCUGUGAAAACUUGUAAGGGAGACGCUGACGCCGCUACUACGGAAAAGUUCCUCGAAGAAGCUUAUAUAAUGCAAAAGUUCGACCACCAGCACAUCAUCAAGCUGAUCGGCGUGUGCUCCGAAUCCCCGGUGUGGAUCGUGAUGGAGCUAGCGAAACUCGGCGAACUCCGUUCCUACCUGCAGACGAACAAGGCGCGCCUCGAUUUGGCAACGCUGCUGCUGUACGCCUACCAGCUGUCGACGGCGCUCAGCUACCUCGAGUCGAAGAAGUACGUGCACAGGGACAUUGCGGCGAGGAAUGUGCUGGUGUCGUCGGAUAAGUGCGUCAAGUUGGCCGAUUUCGGGCUGUCGAGAUGGAUGGGCGACGACCAAAGCUACUACAAAGCCUCGAAGAUGAAGUUACCGAUCAAGUGGAUGAGUCCAGAGAGCAUUAAUUUCAGAAGGUUCACGACUGCUAGCGACGUUUGGAUGUUCGGCGUGUGCAUCUGGGAGAUCCUCAUGUACGGCAUCAAACCGUUCCUCGGCGUGAAGAACAACGACGUCAUCGGCAAAAUCGAGAACGGCGAACGGCUCGCUUUACCGCCCCACUGCCCCCCGCGCCUCUACUCGCUCAUGUCGCAGUGCUGGUCGUACGAGCCGAGCAAAAGGCCCAGCUUCAAGGACGUCAAAGAGAUCCUGCAGGAGAUCCUGCUGGAGGAGCGGAGCGCACAGCAGGACACGCUGCGCAGGGAGAACAGGAAGAUGGCGGCGAUGUCGUGGGGGUGCGACGAUGAUUUCGUUCCGCCGCCAAAGCCGAGUCGGUAUCCCAUGCAAGCUGCCGACUCCUCAUCGUACGCCCUAUCAGAACCAGCUCCGGUCUCGCAAACCUACAUCGUAGCCCAGAACCACGAGGUCCUGGCCCACCUGCUGAAAGAGAACGAGUGCAGGGGCUUCAACCCGGCAGCCUACAACACCCCCGCCUCGGUAUUUAACACGCCCAUGUCAUCGAUAUAUGGAGACCAGCUCAUGUUGGAAAGCAUCCGUUAUGAUCCAUCGCCCAAUCCUUCAAAUUUUAACAGUAUGUUGAGGCAGAAACUCAGACAACAACUGCAGGAGUCGGAAGAAGACUCCAAAUGGCUAGCAGAGUCAGAAACUCAAUUGAAGAGGUUGAGCACGAUCCAACACCCUGACGACCUUCCCUCGGACUUAUCAACCAGCACCCCCACUCCUCCGUCCCCUCAAACGAGCAGCCCCAGCUACAUCAACCCCGCGCCCUACCAGACGUCAUCGGGCCCCCUGACCUCUUCAGGUGGGCCCCUGACGUCAUCGGGCGGGCCCCUUACGUCGUCGGGCGGGCCCCUGACGUCAUCGGGUGGGCCGGUGACGUCAUCGUCGGCGGGUAGCAGCAACUGUCAGUCGCCGGCCGGCUCGCUGACCAAUACGAUGACGUUGAGUGGCAGAAACGAGGCCAGCGAUACGUCGCAAAGCGGAUCUGUGAUAAGCGAGACGGAGAAAAAGGAUCCCGGCCAGAAUCCCACGGCCAACCUGGACCGCACGCACGACCGCGUCUACGAGACCACCACGGACGUGGUGCGAGCCGUCAUGUCGCUCUCGCAAGGCGUCCAGCAGGCCGACGCCGACCGCUACCUCGAUCUGGUCAAGCGCGUCGGUCUGGAGCUGCGCAGCCUGCUGGCCAGCGUCGACGAGAUCGUCGGCGCCUUUCCGAACGCGGCGCAGCGCGAGGUGGAGAUGGCGCACAAGGUGCUGAGCAAGGAUAUGGCGGAGCUAGUGAAUGCGAUGAAGUUGGCGCAGCACUACGGCAGCACUACGCUGGAUGCGGAAUACAGAAAAGGCAUGCUGGGCGCCGCCCACAUCCUCGCCAUGGACUCGAAGAACCUGCUCGACGUCGUCGACUCCAUCCGGAUCAGGCACCCGCACAUCGACGAGCAGAUAUUCAAGGCGACAGACGCCGACGGGCAGGAACGUGGGGCGGCCGCAGCUGCCCCCCAUCAGCCACCCCCGUCGCCCGUGCCUGUCGGCUGCGCCAUCGUGCAGACGCAGUCAUACGUCGACGAGGUGCGGGCGGCCGUCUCGUCCGAUGUGAGUGCGAACGGUGUGGCGGGCAGCUAGGUCGGGCAAGUGUUGGGCAAGUUGUCCGGGUAUUGAUGAACUCGAUCAUUGUCGAUCGAAAUGAAAAGGCGAGCAGAUGGGAAGGUAUGAUAUUGUAUGCUCAUUCGAAAAAGGAUAUUUGAAAAUAACUCUUCGUCACAGUUUUUUCUACCGUAGAUACAGUAGAAACACUUAGAGUGCCUCGAACAUUUCACGCUCUUUAAAGAGUGUGGACACGCUUGUCAUCUUGUCAAACAGCUGAACAAAAAAGACAUACAGAGAAGUGCACAAUAAACGGCCAGUGCUGUAACUUCUUAAUCAUUUGAGAUUCGGAAAUAGCUAUUUAUAAGAGAUGGAAUGUCAUUUUUCUGUACCCCUUCAACGAACGAGUGCAGACAUACAGGGUAUCCGGAAAAAUGCUACCGAAUUUCGUUAUUGGAUUAUUCACCGUGAAAGUUUAAAUAACACAAAUAUAUUUCAUAUAACUUUCAAACGGUUGCCAUUGUAUUUAUGAUAUUGGGGCUACUAAAUUAGCUCAUACUAGUGCUCCUUUCGAAAUGUAAACGGCUGUUCAGUGUUCAUGUUCUUUACAGGAUAGGACAUAUUUUUUCCAUUUAUUGGAGGCAUUUUUGACAGGGGGGCAAAAUUUUACACUUUGCUUCGACCGUUUGAUUCCUUCUUUUUUUUUCUACGAAAAUAUUAUUAUUCAUUUCAAUGGAUAUCUUGUACCGUUAUAGAAAAACUGGCAAUUUAAAAGUUAUUCAUGAAAUAUUAUUUAUUAUUAUUAUUUACGACAUGACCUUUCCGGACCUAGGGAUAUUUCAUUCACAUUCCCCGUUGAACCCGGUUAGGGUAUUUAGGUGAAGGUGAUGGGAGGCAACUACGUUAUAAUGACGUCAACAUUAACUAUUUUUGAAUUCCUAUUUCUUCCACUUGCACAGGAUACCCGUGUAUCUCUUACUUCGAUUUCUACUCCAUUCAUUCUCAAUUUCAAAGUUCCCAUCAUUUCCUCCAUUUUUCGCAUUCAUCAUUUGUAAACUAUGGAGCUAUUAAACUCAAGGGCAAGUAUGCGAGGUGUGCCCUAACGGAAAUGACGUCACGGUUAAACACAAUGAAAUGGGAUUAUCAGCUUUAACCUUGACCGGUAAUGUGAAUGAAAUAUCCCUCAUAUAUUAUUAUUAUUUAAAACCCUAACAGUAGCGUUAAACCAAAGGCAGAUAAUGCUCUUUUUGUAGUUUCAUCAAUAUAACAUCAUUUAAUGUAUUUCCAUGAAGCGAAUAUUGGAAUUUGAAGCUUUAAAAACACUUGAAAUAUCUUUUCGUCUCGAGGCAUCUCAGAUAUAAAUGGUAAUAACCAUAAUUCUCAGAAUUCUUGCAAUAUUCGAAAGCAUGUUCGCGGGGACGCCUAUUCCAUUUUCAAAACUGACGUUUCAAAUCUUGGAAUGAUGACAAUUUGGUGAUGUCAGUGAUGACAAGCGUGUUCACAUUCUUGAAUGGGCGUGUAAUGGGAUGUUCCAGGCACUCUAAGAGUUACCGAAGGCGGAUUCACGCAACAUUCAAUAUAAAUACAUUUUCACUACAUUAUAAUUACCUUAUCACUUGCCAUUAGGUACCAGUUCAGAAACAAAGUCAUAAUGGUUUGCGUGCAAGAACUGUCAGAUGUCUUAUUUGGUUACAAAUGAUUUAAAUGGUUUUUCACAUUCAUUUUGGCAAAUGAAUCGUCUUUUUCGGCUAUUCAUUAAUUCGCGCAUGCCAUCACAUUGUGCUGUUAUGUUGUGCAAUGCACAAAAAAUGCAGCGAGAGCCGAAGGAAUCCAGUUGGUACAUUGUGAUUUAAAAGUAAAUACCUACCAUAGUCACUCACAUAUAGUUUUCAUUUUGAAAUUUGGUAAUUUCUCUGAUUUCUCAUCGGAAUUCCUUCUGCAGUAGAAGCUAAUAGAAAUACGGGAGGACUGGUCUGACAUGCUGACGAAAUAAGAUCAUGUGUGCUGUAGACAUUUUCAAUCUAUUAUCAGUAUUUGCUUCUAUUGCAGAAGUGGCAGAAGGAAUUUCAAUAAGAAAUGACAAAAAUUUCAUAAUGAAAACAAUGUGAGAUUACUAUUUACCUGGAAAAUCAUAUCCCUUCGUCUCUCGCUGCAUUUUUUGUGUAUUGUACAACAGCACUAUGAGAAGGCAUGCUUGAAUUAAUGAAUAGAGCAAAAAACACGAUUCGUAUAUUUCGAUUUACAUCCAAUUCUCACCUAAAAAUCUGAAAAUGUCCGCCAAUAUUCAGGGUCAGAAGAUUAUCUGCCACCUCAUUAAAGAUACGCAAACCAUAGGUUUCAUAGAUUAAAGACUCGCCGGAUAAGGAGGUUGUAUGUUGUACUACGUCAUACAAGCAAUCACGUGUAAAAUCGGAAAAUGUUUACAUAUUUAUACUAUGAAGGUAAUUGAUUUCCAAUUUUAAUGAAAAUUUGGAAUAGUCAGCACCCAAAAAGCAAGUUUUCUGGCUAGUGCAGUGCCCCCCUGAGGCCAGGGCCCCAAGGCACGUGCCUCGCGUGCCUUGUUGAUAUUGCCUUGGCCCUGGAUUUUAGUGGUGAAUACCAUGUUCUUAUAAACGUCAAACGUUGAAAGAAUGAUUAAUUUCUAUUCAGUAUUUGAAUUUUCGUGUCCAUUGAAAGAACUGACAUGCAGAGAUAAGAGCUGUGAACGCCUUUCCAUUUUUCAUCAAGUUGACAUUUUUGUAUUUUAAGUUAUUGAGGAUAUAUGGAAUGGAUUCAAUUGUAAUGAUCUAGUACCUACAUAUGUUGUUUUGGCAGUAAAAUGAAAAGGGUUUGCUAUGGAUUUGAAGUAUUAAAAAUAUUAUACUCAGCAUAGUCAAUGACUCAACCAAGUCACAUCCCUAGUGUAUUUAACAAAAAAUUCUCGUUAUUCCAAGGAAUAAAAAUAUGUAUUCAAAUUAUUUGAUAUUCCUAAUUUCCAAUGGAGCAGCAUUUAUUAAUAUUAGUUGAUUGAAAACGGGAUAUUUCGUUCGGCACUUUUACAUAUUUCAUGAUGUGUUCAUGUGUGAUAUGAAAUGAUUUCAACAAGAAGUACCUACAACGAAUUCAGUUUUUUCAAAUGGUUGUAUACUUUUACGAUGCUGUACUGUAUUUCAAUAUCAGUGUGAAUCUAUCAAAAUUACUGUGAUGUGUUGUAUAACAGCUCAUCAUAGGUUUAUCAUGGGUCUUUUGUUUUUCGAAAAUUAUCAGCAUGAACGUCAUAAAUUUUUAUAGGCAUUUCGUUUUUGUUUCAUUACAAAAAUGUAAUAACAAUACCACAAUUUAAUUACAUUUUAAUUUCUGAAGACUGCAUAGGAUAUUAUUUGAGCUAUUUGAUGGCAUUGUUCUAAAUAAUAAGGAUAAUAUAGAAACAAUUUAUAUAUAGUAUAUUAUGAACAGUAACCGUGUAUAAUUUUAGGAUUUUAAAAUCAAUUCAACAUGAAUGGAAUUCUGAGAAAAUAUUAAAGUAAUUUUCUGUAUAUUAUUGGAUACAUUUUAUGCUGGAGUGAGUAAAUUUUAAGGCAUUGUGAAUAUAUUAUAAGAUAGUUUUGUAUAUUUUUAUUUUGUAUUUAUAUGUAUAUGUUGUUUGUUUUUGUUUUUUUUUUGCUUUAAAUAUAUAAAAGUUUGACAGACAUACAAGAUUUUU